AUGCCAUCAGAUGUGAACAUAGUCGCUGGAGUUGAACUAACGAUUUCAUCUGUUGAUUCGGCUGAUGAUUCGGAUCCGGGAGUAGAUGAUUCAGAAUCUGGUGUGGAUGAUUCGGAUUUGGGCGAGGAUGCUUCGGAUCCGGGAGUGGAUGAUUCCGAAUCUUGGGUGGAUGAUUCGGAUUUGGGCGUGGAUGCUUCGGAUCCGGGAGUGGAUGAUUCCGAAUCUUGGGUGGAUGAUUCCGAAUCUGGUGUGGAUGAUUCUGAUUUGGGCGAGGAUGAUUCAGAAUCUGGUGUGGAUGAUUCGGAUUUGGGCGUGGAUGCUUCGGAUCCGGGAGUGGAUGAUUCCGAAUCUUGGGUGGAUGAUUCCGAAUCUGGUGUGGAUGAUUCUGAUUUGGGCGUGGAUGCUUCGGAUCCGGGAGUGGAUGAUUCGGAUUUGGGCGUGGAUGCUUCGGAUCCGGGAGUGGAUGAUUCCGAAUCUUGGGUGGAUGAUUCCGAAUCUGGUGUGGAUGAUUCUGAUUUGGGCGUGGAUGCUUCGGAUCCGGGAGUGGAUGAUUCCGAAUCUUGGGUGGAUGAUUCCGAAUCUGGUGUGGAUGAUUCUGAUUUGGGCGUGGAUGCUUCGGAUCCGGGAGUGGAUGAUUCGGAUUUGGGCGUGGAUGCUUCGGAUCCGGGAGUGGAUGAUUCCGAAUCUUGGGUGGAUGAUUCCGAAUCUGGUGUGGAUGAUUCUGAUUUGGGCGUGGAUGCUUCGGAUCCGGGAGUGGAUGAUUCCGAAUCUUGGGUGGAUGAUUCCGAAUCUGGUGUGGAUGAUUCUGAUUUGGGCGUGGAUGCUUCGGAUCCGGGAGUGGAUGAUUCGGAUUUGGGCGUGGAUGCUUCGGAUCCGGGAGUGGAUGAUUCGGAUUUGGGCGUGGAUGCUUCGGAUCCGGGAGUGGAUGAUUCCGAAUCUUGGGUGGAUGAUUCCGAAUCUGGUGUGGAUGAUUCUGAUUUGGGCGUGGAUGCUUCGGAUCCGGGAGUGGAUGAUUCGGAUUUGGGCGUGGAUGCUUCGGAUCCGGGAGUGGAUGAUUCGGAUUUGGGCGUGGAUGCUUCGGAUCCGGGAGUGGAUGAUUCCGAAUCUUGGGUGGAUGAUUCCGAAUCUGGUGUGGAUGAUUCUGAUCCGGUGGAUGCUUCUGAUCCGGGAGUGGAGAAUUCUGAGCCGGGUGUGGAAGACACAACAGCUGAAGUGGAAGAUGCUGUAUCGAGUGUGGAAGACGGUGAAUUAAAUGUUGAUGAUCCAGAAUCUGUUGUGGAUGCUUCCUGA